GCCCCGCGCGCCGCCCCCUGCUGUUCCCGGAGCAGCAAGAUGGCGGACACAAUGAGGAGGAGCCGCCUCUCCGCGGCCUGAGCGGGCCGAGCAGAGCCGGAGGGCGCCGCCCGCCCCGGCCCGCCGUCCCUCCCCGCCCUCUGCUGAUCCCCGUCGCCCCGUGAGGUCCUGCCCGUCCGCUCCCGCCGCCGCCGGGAGCCCCGCCCGGCUCCCCUCAGCGCCGCCGCCGCCGCCCUCGGCGCGGCCCGGCCCGGCGGCGGGAUGAAGCUGACGGACAACGUGCUGCGGAGCUUCCGCGUGGCCAAGGUCUUCCGCGAGAACUCGGACAAGAUUAACUGCUUUGACUUUAGCCCCAACGGCGAGACCGUCAUCUCCAGCAGCGACGACGACUCCAUCGUUCUCUACGACUGCCAGGAGGGCAAACCAAAGAGAACGCUGUACAGUAAGAAGUAUGGAGUGGACCUCAUCAGGUACACACAUGCUGCCAACACUGUUGUGUACAGCUCCAACAAAAUAGAUGAUACAAUCCGAUACCUCUCCCUGCAUGACAACAAAUACAUUCGGUAUUUCCCGGGGCAUACAAAAAGAGUGGUUGCUCUUUCAAUGUCUCCAGUGGAUGAUACUUUUAUUUCUGGAUCCCUUGAUAAAACUAUUCGACUUUGGGAUCUCCGUUCUCCAAAUUGCCAGGGUUUAAUGCAUCUCCAAGGGAAGCCUGUGUGUUCUUUUGACCCAGAAGGGUUGAUUUUUGCUGCAGGAGUCAAUUCUGAAAUGGUGAAGCUUUACGAUCUCCGUUCUUUUGACAAGGGGCCAUUUGCUACGUUUAAGAUGCAGUAUGAUCGAACAUGUGAAUGGACAGGCCUGAAGUUCAGUAAUGAUGGCAAACUCAUCCUUAUAUCAACUAACGGAGGGUUCAUUCGGCUGAUUGAUGCCUUUAAAGGAGCUAUCCUGCAUACAUUUGGGGGUUAUAACAAUAGUAAGGCUGUCACACUGGAGGCAUCCUUCACGCCAGACUCUCAGUUCAUCAUGAUAGGUUCGGAGGAUGGGAAGAUUCAUGUUUGGAACGGGGAAAGUGGUAUGAAGGUGGCUGUGCUGGAUGGGAAACACACAGGUCCUAUAACCUGUCUGCAGUUCAAUCCAAAAUUCAUGACUUUUGCUAGCGCAUGUUCCAAUAUGGCCUUCUGGUUGCCAACUAUCGAUGACUAAUUCCUACGUUGCUGCUGCUGCUGUCAGAUGACUUCCAUACUGCUAACAGCAGCACACCAUUGCAAGCAUAGUAUUGGAACUGCCUAGGUCUCCUAGACUGUGUUCCCGUUCCUGCGUAUGUUUCCAUCUGUCUUACCUUUAUUUGUUGCAUUCCUUUGCGAGGACUCCUCCACUUGGCCUCCUCCUAGCAUGUUCAGAAGCAGCAUGCUACACCUUCUUACCUUCCAGUCCGUGCCCUGCAGGCUUCAGCCGAAGUUGGAACUGACACAGUAUUAAUUUUUAAGAGCAAUGAAGUCUGUUUUAUUUACAAAAUGUUUGUGGCAUUUUUUAAGCUGUAAUUGUGUGUUUUCCUUCUGUAAGUGCACAAGGCUAUUGAUGUUCCAACGUGGAACGUGCAUUUCCUUCCCAUAAGUGCAUGUUUUUCACAUCUGGGAUCUCUGGUUUCACUGCAGUCCACAGAUGCAAAGUUACUUCUGUGCCAAAAGUGAAUACUGACAAUUUUCAGCUUAAACAACAGAUGCUGGUUUCUCUUGCAGUGGAACACGUGCCGAAAGAGCAGGUGACUGUAAAUAUACAUUAUACAUCCUGUCAUCCUUUUAUUGACAAUUUAGUGUGCAACGAACCACAGAGGUUUUGUCCGCUGCCAGAGCUUGCCGAAGCCUCCCUGCUGCUUGCUGUGCCAGCAUCCUGGAGGGCACAGACAGUACUGAUGAGGUCCGGUCAGUGGCCCAAGCAAUAAAGGAGUCUGACAGCAGGAAGAUGAAGAAACCAAACUGAGACUGAAAACACAGUCUGCCUGUGUAUCUUCCUUCUGUAUCAUCUUGGCUGAUCUUGUAAAUAUUGGGGCGGGGGGGGAGGGCAGUGGGAAUGGGCCAUAUUUUUUUACUUUUAGAUAUUAAAAAAUAUGAUGUGGGCCAGUAUUGUGGGGUGUCUAGGCUGUUUACCUUCACCGAUGCAGUUUUCCCCUCCUGGUUUGUAAAUAAGCUCCAUUAAAUUCUCCCCACACCAGGCUUAGACCCGUAUCCCUUUGUUGGUAAAACUGACGUGCAGUUAGUUCAUCAUGCAUUUUCUUACAGGCCCCGCAGGUUUUCAGCGAUAGCCCCAAAAGAGCGAUGCUUCCUUUGUCAGAUGGUGUCUUCAGAAUUGAAUUUUAAAAGUCUUAAUGUGUGACUGUGCUGUCUCUGCUGUGGCCCUGCGCCAGGGAACGCCCCUGCAGAGAGAUGGAAGGGACAUGCUCUCCUGCUCGGGGGUGGGGGGCAGAGCUUGUGAGCGAAUGGCAUGGAAAGGCUGGCAAGCUAGUCUUCAAGCCUGGUUUCAGUUUUUUUUUCCUGAAAUGCUGCAUUGAUCAAAUGCAUCCACCAGCAGGCCGGGACAGACUCAGCCUAAAUGUGGUGUUCAUUGUAUUCUUGCCUUUCCAAACACGCUUGGUUUUACGUGCUAGGUCACAGCUUGGAAAGUCCAUUCUUUCCCUCAUCAGUGAUGUGUGCUUCCCCUCUUCCAACUGUAAAAUGCUGGUAAGGUGAUGAGCACCAUAAUGGGCGUGUUCUCUGCUCUCAGGUCCUAGCCCAUCCCAGAGAACAGUGCUCGAGCGUUUUACCUUAGGUCAGUUGUCUAGAUAUUCCCCUAUUACAGCAAAGUUCCUCUCAACUGUGGGGCUCUGUAUAUAAUUCAGAGCGUGUCUCCCUGGAAAAGUAAGUCAGCUUGUAGAACAGCUUCUUCUGUGUUGCUUUUCCUUGCCUCUCUUAUUUUCUGCAGCCGUUGUCAGUGGAAAUGUGCUGUGCUGGGGAUGGGGAAUGAGCAUUUCUCCACUGCUGGUUCCUUUUAAGUAGCAGCGUGUGGUGAGCUGCAGUGUUUGCAUGCGGUGGGAGGACUGCUGUGCGUGAGGCGGUCUGAUAAACUUGAUGUUUGGACUGAUGCUGUGGUUGAAGCUUCUCCUUAAGCUCUGUGGCUUGUCUCUGCUGAUGCUACUGUGCGAGUUUAGAGCCAUUUCUAACAGCACAGGUCUGCAAUGUGAGUUUGCCGUCCUCCAGACUGGAGGAGGGAAGGGAGCAGCGGACUGAUGCUUUUGAUCUUACCAAACAGACCUGGAGAUGCAGAUGAGAGAUUGAUACUACUACACCAGCAUCCCUCUUCCUGGCAUGAACUGUCCCACCGUCACCUAUAAAUGCCCAGCAUGAAAGGAGACGGAUAUCUCGGUCCUCAUAGUUGCGGACGUUCCCACAGCCACCUCUUCAACUCAGUAUUGUUGCAUUUCAGGCUGCUUGGUGCUAUUUUACCAUUGUUGGUGUUUCUGUAAGCAGCCGUAUUUUGCGGUCGUUUGUAACAUACAGGUAUUUAGGGGUUGUAGUGCAUUUUAACAGUUAAACUUUAGCGUUCAGUAGCAAAUUGUCUUUCAGGGUUUUACCAAGUCUGUUGCCUGGAGGAAGUGAACAGAUAGCCUUCAGCCAUUUUUUGGUUUACUUUUCAUAGGGAAGCAUUUGGAAGUCUUCUAAAAAUGCUGUUUGCUGAUGUGGUUUGAGUGCUUGUCUAAAGACUGUGGUUCAACUCUCUUCCGCUUCCAGCGUUGUAAAACAUUGUGUGUUGCAGCAUGAAAUGUUGAAGAAAAAGGACCAAAGGACUGAUCUAGAAGGGCACGUACACCGAGAACAUCAGCGGAUUUCUGGAGUGAAGAUGAAUUUACAGGUUCGUGCAUAACACAGCACUGAUGCUCAGCUCACAAUUUGAGCUGAAUGCCUUCCCAGGGCCGAUGGCCACCCACCCAGGCAGAGACUUUCUUGGUUGAUAGAGCACUGAGUGUUUUCCAUCUGCCUUUUUAAAAGGGGAAAUGUGCCAAGCAUUGCCAAGGAACUUGAAUAUUGCGUGUUUCUAAAGGGUCAGACAGGAAAGGUGAAUAAAGCUUUUAGCUUCCAGCUUCUAUGUGCUUCUCUAAAAGUAUCAGGACAGCAGUCUGUCUGCUCUUCAGGGCAGCCAGCUAAUGAGAAACAGACCUCGUUAAAAACAGCACUCACGGGUCUAACAGAGUGUCCAACCUUAUGUAAAGCCAAGCAGGAAACAGCAUUCCCCCUCCAAAUUCAACAUGUAAAAGAUGAAUCCCCUCUGUGUUCUUGUAAAAACCUUUCUUCAAAACAAGGGGGAAGCGAGACUCACCAGCCCACCCCUAAAUAAGCAGUGGUGGUGGCUGAGCACAUCUGCUUGGGCUGUAGAUGUCAGGUGUCAUUCUCUUCUCCAAGUUAGUCUGUGAGAGAUUUAUUUUUUUUUUUUGAGGCUCCCAGGUCCUUGGUUAAUGUCCCAACCCCUGCUCUGGGGGACAGGGAAGCAACCAAACUGAACAAAUUUGGAAGCAGUAUUAUCUUUUCCAAUGCCUCUUGACUAUAUUUGCACUUUAAGAGACUUCACCUUGGUUUUGGGUCUGGGGCUAGGAUCUUGGCGAGCCUCUCGGAAACUGGUCUCUUUGGUUGUGAGCUGGUAUGGGGAGUUUGACUCCUAGGUGGUAUCUGCCAGAUGAGUGUAAAUACAUCAAGUCAAAUUAUGCUUUGUCACAAAAUACUACAUAUGUGGAGAAUUCAAUGUUGUGGCUGUUAACAAUAAAUAUUUUGUAGAGAGAUGCUGUAAA